AUGAGCUCGUCAAAGUUACUCCUCACCCUUUUGGUGGCCUCCUUUACAGCUGCCCAAUUUCAAACUCCUCCUCAAUAUAUCUUCGGCCAGCUGAAUUCGAAAUGCCCGGAUGAUGCCCGUUGUGCCGCGACGCGGUACCCAACAGUCACGGAAUACUAUGGUGAACCAGUCGUUGUAACUACAACCAAUACAAUCAUAGAUGUCACUGUACAUACUUCCACUCUUACCCAUUAUGUGGCUGUUGUCGAGGCCAAGCCAAUGGUGAACGAGCCAGCUGUAUGCGAAAGCACCAUCAUCAAACGGGUAGCACGCCCAGAAACCGUCACUGUCAUGUAUAAUCAUACCACAAUUUCGCACGAGUUUACCGGUGUAGUGACAACUGAGACGGUCACCGUACCAUGGACGUCUACGACCACGAUAGCGUGCGUGCGCGAGGUUGGUGGUCCACAUGAUCAUGGUCAUGAUAGCCCCUCGAGCUCGGCGCCGGUACCCCCAACCCAACCUUCCCCAGUCGAUACUCCCCACAGGGAUGACUACGGAUCCUAUCCACCUGUAACACCUGACCUCGACCCCGACUUUGAAAAUUAA